AUGACUACCCUCAUACCCCGCGAGAAGUAUACUGCUGAUGAGCUCGAGCGUCUGUAUCCCAAAGAGCUGGCCCUGCACCAAGUCCAAGUUCUCCUCAGACACGGCGAAAGAUCUCCAGUCUCUGCCAGAUUUAAGAAUGCCGGUCUUUCUGCGAACUGGCCUUAUUGCAAUGCCGCACAGCAUCUGCGCAGCGUCAUCAUGUCAGCCAACGAUUCAUGGGAUGAACUAGCCUAUAAACGAAGACUUGAGACCUUCGAUGGAAAAGACGAUUCUCCUGUUCUGACUCUAGGUCCCGGACGUGAGACUGAUGGUAUUUGUCUCCCCGGAGAGUUGACCGACCAAGGACGUGCUUCUACAUUGGCCCUGGGUCAACGCUUGCGUGGACUGUACGUUGACCAGCUUGGCUUCAUGCCCGCCGUUCUGCAAGACGCAAACCAUAUGUACCUGCGCGCCACCCCAAUUCCCCGAGCCCUCGAGUCUGUACAGCAGACCUUCUACGGGCUGUAUCCUCCUUCAGCGAGAGCCGCCGACUUUGUUCCGCCAACCAUCGUUCAGCGUCAACCUAACCACGAGACGCUCUUUCCUAAUGAGGGCGCUUGUCGGCGUUUUGCUCAGCUCAGCCAGGCCUUUGCUCAGCGAACUUCGGAUCGUUGGAACGACUCGCCCGAUAUGGCAUAUCUCAACAAGAUGUUCGGAAAGUGGAUGCCCGAGGAUUCUCCUAACGUGAAAGUCGAUGGUCAUCCCAGACUGAGUGGAAUCAUGGACACCGUCAACUCGACCCUAGCUCACCCACAAGAAACUCGCCUGCCAAAAGAGUUCUACGACACAAAGGGCAGGGCGAUUAUUGACAAGAUCGGUGUCGAGGAGUGGUUCUCGGGCUACAUGGAGUCUAGAGAAUAUCGACAGCUUGGUAUCGGUGGAUUGAUGGGCGACGUGGUGAGCCGUAUGGUUGAAAGGACCAGAGCAUCGACCAGCAACAACAACGACAUUCAGAUGGCGCUCUCUGGUUGCCAUGACACAACUCUAGCCGCUGUGCUCAGCAGCGUCGGUGCCUUCCAAGGCGAGCAAUGGCCUCCCUACACCAGUCACAUUGCCAUCGAAUUGUUCAAGGAUCGUACAGCGCCUACCGCUGCUCAGCCUGCAAUCACUACCGGCAGUUGGUGGAGCUCCCUGUUUCCGGCCAAGAGCAUGUUGACCCCGGAAGCCUCUCCUCGCACUCCCUUGUCGAACCUCUCCGAAUCGGACAAGCAAAAGCUGCAUGGCUACUAUGUACGACUACGCUACAAUGACCGCCCCAUGAAGAUUCCUGGGUGCAGACCGGCCGGAAAGCAUUAUGGCGACGACGAGAGUUUGUGCACUCUCGAAGCUUUCAAAGGCAUCGUGGACAAAUUCACGCCAGCGAAUUGGAAGCAGGCCUGUGGAGCUCGUUUGGGGGAGAAUGCAUUCCCUGAAACUGUCGAGCCUGCUGGUGUGUGA